CUGACUAACUUUGCUAAGGGCUUGAAGACUUUGAAGGCAGUCACCUGGAUUACAUUGCAGUUUCCUUUACAAUCUCUCUUCAUAAAGUGGACAACACCACAGUUAUGAUUAAACUGAAACCUGGUCUUUUACCAAGCUGUCGAAUCCGCAUGAAAAAUGUCUUCAGAUCUGAACUCAAGAUAACACCUGGGGAGAAUGUGACUUUUACCUUCACCUGUAGUACUCCAGAGAAGUAUUUCAUCAUGGAAAUUCAGAAGAAUAUUGACUGUGUGUCAGGCCUGUGUCCCUUUGGAGAUGUUCAUCUUUACCCACUGGGACUACCUCGCCUUAACAGGACUUAUAGCUGGGACGUGAAGGCAAGUACAAAAGCUGGACUUGAGCUAAAGUUUUCUACCUCGUGGCUACGGCAGAUUGAACCAGGAGAGACGUGCCCAGAUUCUGUUAGCUACAAUAUCAGCAGCUGUAUUGAUAAGGCCAUGGUCAACAUUGGCACCUUCUGCAGGAAUGGCUCUGUGUCUCGCAUCAAGCUGCUGGGAGGAGUUUUCAUGUCCCUGCACCUCCCGUGGCACUUGCCUCUCACCACCUCAGGCUUCAACAUAGCCAACAGGUCUUCCAUAAAACGGUUAUGCAUCAUUGAAUCCAUUUUGAAGAGGGAGUCUUCAAUCACCCUGAUGUCCCCUAACUACCCGCUGGGCUUUCCAGAAGAUGAGCUCAUGACGUGGCAGUUUGUGAUUCCUUCCAACAUGAGAGCAAGCGUGUUCUUCCACAACUACAGCCUCUCCAACUGCGAAAGGAAGGAGGAGAGGGUGGAGUACUACAUCCCAGGCUCCCCCAGCAACCCGGAGGUGUUCAAGCUGAGCGACAGCCAGCCUGCCAAUAUUGCUGGCAGCUUCAAUAUGUCCCUGCAGGGCUGUGAUCAGGAUGCCCAGAACCCAGGCAUUCUUCGCCUGCUCUUCCAAGUUGUCGUUCAGCACCCGCAGGUUGAUGAGAAUGUCACCCAUUUGGUCGACCUGAGCAAGGAGAAGAACGUGACUAUGACAAUACACCUGGAAGGGUGGCCCAGCCACGUCCCCCUCAUGUCUGAACCCAUAUGCCUGAUCUGCAAGGAUCCUCGCACCUGUGACCGUGUCCUGACUUUAACCUCUGGUGCUAUCUACAGGAUCUCCUUUCUGUGCAAGGACUUGUCCCGGCUGAGGAUCACGGCUGAAAAAGGCAUAGGCUGUAUGGAUAUUCGUCUGUGUCAGAGGAAGAUCUAUUCCCUUUCAGUGCCCAAGGCUAUUACCCGAUUGCCAAUUCGACUGUAUAAGUUUAUUUGGAAGCUCUUGGCUACCGAUAUGAUCAACGUAGAAAUUACGUCUCCGUCCUUGAAACUUCAGCAAGAUGUCCCAGAGCAGAGGUGCAACACGAACUACAGUUACAGCAUUAUUAGUGCCACCCCAGAGAAAAAACUGAAUCUUGGUGUGUUCUGUCCUGGUGGAUCUAUUGAAAAGAUUCAGAUGAGGAAUAAUAUCACCAUAUCCUUAAAAACAUUUGGUAAAGGAUUCAUCAAUGAAUCUAUCCCUCAGGAUCUGAAAAUGUCUUUUGUGCCACAUAUUAAAGAUGAGUGCACAUUCACUGUGAGUCCAAAUCCAAAAGCUGAAGUUUACUUGCAGACUCCCUGGCCUUACGGUUUACCUCCUUAUGUUUCCAUAUCCUGGUUCAUCGUUGUGCCCAGCCAGCAAACUGCCCGCCUCGCGUUCUCCACGGACCGCAUGGGCAUUGCCUGUGAGACGGGCCGUGCCUUCGUCAACAUAAAGGAGGAGACGCUGGGAGCAGAGGAGAUCGUGCGCCGUGAGGACGAGCUCCUGCCCCAGCCCCGAAAUAUGCACCACAACUUCUGGGUGAACGUCUCCAACUGUAAACCUGUGGAUAAGACACAGCUGACCUUGCAGUUCUGGGUGACUUUUGCUGACAAGCAGAUAGACCUUGGAAUCAUACUUGGUGUGGUGGCUGGGGCUGGAGUUCUCACAGUGAUUGGACUCACUGUGUACUGUAUUAAGAAGAAGAAGAAGAAAACCCAGAAUCCCAUGGUGGGAGUGUACAAUGCUAACGUGAAUACCCAGAUGCCUGGAAAAAAAGGCUUACUUGGAAAAGGGAGGCAGAACAAUGAGUCUCAUGUCUAUGCUGUUAUUGAUGAUGCUGUGGUCUAUGGACACUUGCUGAAAGAGUCCAAUGGCUCAGUCGCUCCAGAAGUUGAUGUGUACCGGCCUUUUGAUGGACCCAUUGGUAGCUUGCCACCUUCUCCACCUCCAUUCUCCUUCAGAAAAGACAUUAAACACUCUUCUAACACCAAAGAGGAACCUUCGCCCCUGAUGGACACAGACCAAGACACUUACACGUUUGCUCAUCAUAAAUCAGGGCAGUCAGAGGACAAUGGAGAUGGAAAUAAAAAGGGUAAGGGAGAUACAAGUGUGCCCUUGAUGGAAAAUAAGGAACAGUCAGAGGACAAUGGAGAUGGAAAUAAAAAGGAUAAGGGAGAUACAAGGGUGCCCUUGAUGGAAAAUAAGGAACGACACGUUUGCUCAUCAUAA